AUGGAGGCAGUUUCCGCAGCCGCCAGCGUCGCGGGCCUGUUGUCCGUCGCGGGUCAUGUACUCAAUGGACUUGUCAAGCUCAACGCCUUCAUCCAGGACUUCAGGGAAGCGAAUGCGCGUGCGCAACGGCUGACGGCGGAAGCCGAUCUUCUCUCCCAGACGCUCAUUGACUUCAAGUCUCUGCUCAAAAAGUUGGACGAAAAUGCGCUUGAUGAAAACCGACCCUUUUGGGUUCAGCAAUUUGCCACCUUCUCUUCCCGUCUCGAGAAUUGCGAUCGGGAUUUGAAUUUGGAUACCUGGACCGAGUUGUACCGACCUGCAUAUGGGCCAACCUCAAAGCGCCGCAGGAUCGUUGGGGGGAUUUCAAACAAGAGAGGCCGAGAUUUUCUUGAAAUGGAGUCUAAGCUGGCGCGCCAUCGGUCGCAGAUUGUGCUUGACAUGGGCACCAUCAACGGAUGGAUGUCCCUUUCAGGACUAGACAGAAUUACUGCGGUUCGUGAAGACGUAAGGAAGCUCACGGAUACCAACACUCAGAUGGAGCAACAAAGAAUCGAUCGCCAUGUGUUCUUCACGGAAGAAACAAGUAGAAGACAACAAGAUCUCCGCGAUUUGAUCUUGUCCACUUCUCAAGCUAAUAAGCAACAAGUCAUGUCGGAACAACACGAAACUCGGAGUCAACUCUCUAGACUGAGCGAUAGUGUGUCAAGUAUCGCCGAAUCUCUCCAACAGCUCGUCACUCCGCCUUUGUCGCAAGCCCCCCGGCGCGGAUCGAACAAUCUCCCGCGAAGGCCGUCCUUGUUUUUGCAUUCCGAGAUGAGUAGAAAACGGCGGCAUUCAGGACUUGAAACAGCUUCUGAUCAACGAAGCCUUAAGCCCAGCUUCGUUGGUCCGAUGGGCUGGACGUGUUCUCAAGCAAUAGGUAUUUAUGAUUACUUCAUCGAAACCCAGGCGGACCAGCAUUUGGGCCAAACGCGAUGUGCCUUUUGUGAUCAAAUUUUCGCAAACACUGAAUCACUCGAUCGAUCGAAACACAUUGUUGAUUCCCACAAUCUCGCAGGGUGCGACCAAGGAGUAUGCUAUCCGUUACUCAGGAGCUUCGGUUCUCACUUGGAAGAAUACCAUGUUGCCAAUCAAGAAGUGUUUUCCAACAACAUGGCGCAUUUUGCGCAUAGAUUCUUCCAGUCAUCAUCGACGAUCGAGGAUGAGAGAAUAAAGUCCCUUUACGGCGAAGCACAACAACUGGAGACGUCCACGGCGCCCCUCAUUCUAGAAACCCACCUGCGAUCCUUGAUGUCCAGCUUUGUCGGGGUCAAAAGGUCAACUUCGCAUGAAAUGAAUACCCUCCAUGACUUACGGCAAAACCUGGAGACGCUAUCGAAUGCUGCUUAUUCGCCAGGAUCCUCUCUCGAACUCGCUGCAACUCUGUACCAGGCAGCCAACUUAGCGGAAGAAAUGUGUGUUAGCUUCGACAGGAUGCUCCGGAGCAGAUGGCUACCGAAACCAAAAUUCUUUUUCCAAAACAUUCCUACAUCCCAAGAGAAAGAAGGCGGACAACGUCCUGUAUACCUCGGUAGCUGGUUCCUUUCGUUUGACUCAAGGGAAAGGGCAUCAGUCGACUCAUGCAAGUCUUGCAGAGAGUGCCAAAGCGGAACGAGAUAUUCUAAUCUGAAGAGCGCAUUUCAGCAUCGCGACAGAUGUCACCUAGGAAAGCACUGCAUCGUGGAGUUCGAACGGGCGUGCCCAGAUACCUCUACCGAGUGGCCCAUGCUUGGGCCUGUGUCGAAGACUUUCCGUGUGUUGACCAAGCUGGGAGCUGGAAAGUCGAGUAGAGACAGGGUUGAUCUUUGGAUGUUGAACAUGCUUGCCAAAUCAGAGCAUCUCCUAGUCGUUUUGAGAUGUAGCUCCUUCUUCAGUUCAUCGUCGAUAUGCUCGGUGACAUCUGAUGGCACAGCACAAGCCGACCAGUGUUCUCUAUCAUGGGGCGACAUUUGGAGUCAACAUUUGCUUGGAGCCUUCGAGAGAGAGGAGGAAUCCGUGGACGACGGUAUAUAUGCAACAGCGUCAGACGGAGCAGUAUACAGCCGUGAUGAUGAAGGCUUCGCUGGGGGUGACGGCGAGAAUGGCGUUGAUGUAGAGACCAGAAAGCUACCUCUGCGCUUUCUCGACGCAAACUCGGUAGUGCUUAUUCCGACGAUGAAGUUUAGCUCUAGAUGUAAGCUAAUAUAUAUCGUAACUGAGAAUCCUAGUUUACCACAGCGAUAA